AUGGCCCCCAAAAUCGAAGCCGUCUUCACCCCCGAGGCACCGAAGCCUCGUCCCCAAUUCUCCCAGGCCAUCAAAUAUAACGGCCUCGUAUAUUGUUCGGGCAACAUCGGGGCGAUCUCGAACACGAACGGCGAGCUGGUGCAGGGAACCAUCACGGAUCGAGCGAGACAAGCCUUGAAGAAUAUUUCCGCCAUUCUGGAGGCAUCCGGAAGUAGCUUGCGAAAUGUUCUAAAGGUGAACGUUUAUAUCACAGACAUGGCAAACUUCGACGCUGUCAGCGAAGCAUACGACGAGGUCUUUUACUGGGAGCCGAAGCCGGCUCGGACUUGGGUAGCGGUAUACCAGCUGCCCCGCGGUACGGAUGUCGAGAUUGAGUGUACAGCUGCGCUCAACUAG